GCGCACAAAGGCAAAGCCAAAGCCAAAGCGAAUCGCAAUCCUUCGUUAUCUCACCCAAGAAGGCAAAGAAUAAUAGCACCUUAAGAAACACGAAUCCGUCACUAGUUUUCAUCGCUGUCUCUAACCCACAGCAACACUUAUUUAGAACAACCCAACAAACCCAAAUGCUUCGACUCAGUCUCCUCCCAUUUCAUCGUUUUCCAAUCUCUUCCCAUUUCCUCAAUCUCUCUCCCAAGUCCACAAUGGCCGUCUCUGCUUCUUACACGACGUCGUCACACUCCUCCUCCAAGCUUCUGUUCCGUCAGCUCUUCGAGAAGGAGUCCUCCACCUACACUUACCUCCUCGCCGACGUGUCCCACCCCGAUAAACCCGCCCUGUUGAUUGAUCCUGUGGACAAAACAGUGGAUAGGGAUCUUUCCCUUGUUAAAGAGUUGGGUUUGAAGCUGGUUUAUGCUAUGAACACUCAUGUUCAUGCUGAUCAUGUCACUGGCACUGGUCUCAUCAAGAGUAAGCUUGAUGGUGUGAAAUCUGUGAUUUCAAGGGCAAGCAAGUCAAAAGCUGAUCAUCUGAUUGAAGCUGGUGAUAAAAUCUAUUUUGGAGACAUGUUUUUGGAGGUUCGAGCUACUCCUGGACAUACAUUGGGCUGUGUCACCUAUGUUACAGGUGAUGGGCCUAAUCAGCCUCAACCAAGGAUGGCUUUCACUGGAGAUGCUCUACUCAUACGUGGAUGUGGGCGAACUGAUUUUCAGGGUGGCAGCUCAGAUCAACUCUAUGAGUCAGUCCAUUCACAGAUUUUCACAUUGCCAAAGGAUACAUUAAUCUAUCCUGCUCAUGAUUACAAGGGAUUCACUGUUAGCACCGUGGGGGAGGAGAUGCUCUAUAAUCCCCGGCUUACAAAAAAUAAGGAGGGAUUUGAAGAUAUCAUGAAAAAUCUAAAACUCGCAUAUCCCAAAAUGAUUGACAUAGCUGUGCCUGCAAAUAUGGUUUGUGGAUUGCAAGAUUUGUCUGAAAGGCCUGCUGAGUCCGUAUCAACCUAGACACAUAAUCAUGGCUCAGACUUGUGUUCUGUACAAAAACGUCUGGAUGGAGCUGGCUUAAGUACAUGAAGAUUAGCUUUCCACAACACGUGAUGCAUUCUACCCCUACAGUUGAGUUUGUACUUGAAUUUGAAAGUAUACAGAUAAUGCCAAAACAGUAUUGACGCAUCACAUUGAAGCAUGACUGAAAGAGCAAGCUACUUGUGCCUGUUGUACAAUAAUGACUAGAUAAUUAAUAAUAACACAUCUUCUUUACUGUUCUUCA